CAGAGUCUACAUCAACCGAGUUUUAAGUCUUGUUGACCGAGCAUAUAAGUUUUCUAAUAUUUUAUUUAAUCAAAAUUAAUUUUUAUUUCUACAUCAGAACAGUAUCUAUGGAUCUAACGAGUGGACCUCAAGGUGUAUAAAUAAAAGAGAGAGUAGUAAAUCAUGAGCAAUGGAUUCUUACAAAGUAGAAAAAUCUUAGAAUUUAGGUUUGUGAAAAAGGUCCAAAGAUGGAGCAUCAACAGCCUCAUGUAGUGGUUCAUCCAUUACCAGUGCAAGGCCAUAUUAAACCAUUGCUAUGCCUUGCUCAGCUACUUAGUGAAGCCGGACUUUAUGUCUCUUUUGUCAUUACCCAUCACACUCACAAGCGCUUAGAAAACCUCUCUGCUCUCACCGCUCAAUUCCCAAAUCUCCAUUUUGAACCCUUCUCUGAUGGCCUGCCCGACGACCAUCCUCGCUGCCUCAAUUUCGACUUUUUCAUUGACAUCAAAACGAAAACCAAACCAUUUUUCAAAGAUCUACUACUCUCCCUUGACACCAAAUCGGAGAAGGGUCUGUCCCCACCGGUCACUUGUGUCAUAAACGAUGGAUAUCUGUCUUAUCCUCUUGAAGUUGCCGAGGAGUUGAGGAUUCCUUUGUUCACUUUCAUUGCGCAUAGUGCUUGUUUCUUGUUGACUUAUUAUAGUAUCCCAAAGCUCAUUGAAGAGGGUCAUGUUCCUUUUUCAGAUAACAACAUGAAUCUUGAAAUUAAUGGUAUUGCUGGACUAGAAGGCAUUCUUCGGCGCAAAAAUCUACCACCAGCUUGUAUGAUGAAAGAAGUAACCUCCCCUUUGUUUAAGCAGUGUCUCGAUGAAAGCCUCGCAAUGAAUCGAGCUUCGGGUCUCAUAAUCAACACCUUCGAUGACCUUGAAGUUCAAUGCCUCCCUCACGUAGCUAACAAAUUUUGCAAAGUUUAUUCAAUCGGACCUCUUCAUGCAUUCUUAAAUUCGAAAAUCGGAAAUCAAUCCCAAUUGAUAGCUUCUCAUGCUUCUCUUUGGAAAGCAGAGCAGAGUUGCAUUGCCUGGUUAGAUUCACAGACAUUGAAAUCCGUUGUUUAUGUAAGUUUUGGUACUUUGGCAAAAAGGUCAGUUUCCCAAUUGCUUGAAUUUUCGCAUGGUUUGGUAAAUAGCGGACACCCAUUCUUGUGGGUGAUACACCCAGAUGUUGUAUUGGAUGAGGAAAGAGAGAAUGCGAUGCCUGAAGAGCUUCAAAAGGGUGUUAAAGAAAAUGGGUGUAUAGUAGAUUGGGCCCCACAAGAAGAGGUUUUGGCCCACAAAGCUGUUGGUGGGUUUGUCACACAUUGUGGUUGGAACUCCACUUUAGAGAGUAUUAUGGCUAGAAUUCCAUUGAUCUGUUGGCCAUACACAAGCGACCAGAAUAUCAAUGCUGAUCUUGUUAGCAAAGUUUUGAGAAUUGGGGUUGAAUUGGAAGGGUGUGAUAGGCAAACCAUAGAGUCAACGAUAAGGGCAUUGAUGGAUGGUAGAAAGGAAGAAUUUCAAAAUUCGAUUGAUAAAAUUGCAAAAUGUGGAUUGGAUGGUAUUGGACAUGGUGGAUCUUCCAAUCAGAAUUUGGAAUUCCUGGUCGAAGAUAUCAAAAAGAUCAAGAGCUUAGAGUAGGAAUUGUUAAUUUGUUAUUGAAUUAAUGUGGUAUUUGUUGUGUAUUACGUCGUAGACAAAUCAAUUAAGCCAAGCAACCGUAUUUGACCCCAUCAUUGUUUCUUUGAAAUAACAAAUUAAUUUUAAAAAUUUUAAUUUUCAGUCAAUUUCAAUUCCUUUUCAA